GAUCACACUGUUGGAUAUUUAACCAGUGCAGACAGAUGACAGCUCCUUUAAAGCUUCCUGUGAAAGAUCAGGAUGGUAUCGAGUUUGAGAAAAUAAAGGACCAUGUGUCUGAUGGCAGCAUCCCCAAGACGGUGAUGGACAAUCCACCUAGAAAGAUGACAGGCAAGGUGGUCAGUGGGGUCUGCAGACUGAGCACCAUCUCAGAGCAAGAACCAGGCCGGCUAAACACCGAUCCCAGUUCCCAUGAUACCCUGGGUGGAAGUAAUUGGGGUGGAUCCAGCGUCUCCAUGUGUUCUGACAAGUUUAAGAACAGCAGUCGUUUUCCCUCUGAUGAUUCAUACCAGCCGGGCAGUGGAGACGACUGUGCAGGACUUCUUCUCGCCUGUCUGCAUUGUCGUUUCCUUGAGUUUAUGUUACUCCUACCGGAUACAUGCGAGAGGGCUGUGACUCGCUGUUUCCCCUCCUACACGUACAUCGCAGCGUCCAGUGAGAGAGACCAGCAGGGAAUGGAUUGCUGCAAUUACAAGCUGGAACUGGACUGUAACUGCUGUGGCUCCUGUCAGGAUGUAGGAGAACUUAUAGAGCUGGCCAUGGAGAUAUCAGAGGUCUGCUAUCGUUGAGAAAAUGACUUUAAACUAAAUCACAAACAUUAUAAAUCUUACAAACAGAAUUACUCUCUCAUCUUAUUCACAUAUAUGUAAUAAAUUGCCUGCAUUACUAUGUCUGUUUUUAAAAAUAUUGGCCUUCAAGCAGGUAACUAUUGCCCCCCUGUGAAUGUAAGUGAGUUGGUUGUUGGAGGGGAGUAGAGGAGUGCAGGAGUGUGUGUGUGUGUUGAGCCAUUUCCACAUCCUCUUCACUGACUCAUCCAGCAUGUUUUCCGGUGUCACUCCAUAAAGCAUGACGGAGUGGGUGAAGACAUUUAGGAAACCUGGGCUCUAGGAGCAUGCUUUCAAAUAACAACUUCAGCCAUUCACAACAAACUGAGUUCAAUCUGUGUCCAAGUGAAAGCAACACUGAUUCCACACACUUGAGCGGUGUUCAGCUGGCAGAAGGGAAGUUAAUCAGAUGUUAAAAUGUAAGUAUAGAAUGGAAAUAGAUUGAUAUUAUGCAUUAAUACUG